AAUCUUAUCCUCUAUACUAACCUCUCUAGCUUCUUCAGUUCUUCUCCAAACCCAACCCCCCCAAGAGGCCAAAACCCUCUCCUAUAUAGCCACACUCAUCCUUGCAAUUAGCUCAACUCAGCUCAAGUUGGCAAUUCAUAUCAAACAGAUAACAUCAGUAGUUCGCAGCUAGAUCGAUCGUCACAGCAACACAAUCACCACGACGACGAUGGCGGCGGCGGCGGUGGAGAAGAAGAGCGGGAGCGAGAUGACGGUGGUGCGGGGGCUGGACGUGGCGAGGUACAUGGGCCGGUGGUACGAGAUCGCGUCGCUGCCCAACUUCUUCCAGCCCCGGGACGGCCGGGACACGCGGGCGACGUACGCGCUGCGGCCCGACGGCGCGACGGUGGACGUGCUGAACGAGACGUGGACCAGCAGCGGGAAGCGCGACUACAUCAAGGGCACCGCCUACAAGGCCGACCCGGCCAGCGACGAGGCCAAGCUCAAGGUCAAGUUCUACCUGCCCCCCUUCCUCCCCGUCAUCCCCGUCGUCGGCGACUACUGGGUGCUCUACGUCGACGACGACUACCAGUACGCGCUCGUCGGCGAGCCGCGGCGCAAGGACCUGUGGAUCCUGUGCCGGCAGACGAGCAUGGACGACGAGGUGUACGGGCGGCUGCUGGAGAAGGCCAAGGAGGAAGGGUACGACGUCGAGAAGCUGCGCAAGACGCCGCAGGACGACCCGCCGCCGGAGAGCGACGCCGCGCCCACCGACACCAAGGGGACGUGGUGGUUCAAGUCGCUCUUCGGCAAAUGAUCGAGAAAUUCUCAGCGGCCGAUGGAUGGAUCAGAGGACGACGAUGUAUAGCUAUAGUAUGAAUUUGCCUUCAGUAGCAGUGGAGAAUAAAAUGGACUUUUGGUGUGAGUGUGUUCUUGAGGUGAUUGUGUGUUUGUAAUGCUGUGCUUUACAGGAAUUAAUGGAAAUGAACUCUUACACGUGCUUAAUUUUA